AUCUAUAUCUACAAAAUCAGAAACAAGACUAUAGAGAAUGGCAGGUCAUCACAUAGCCAAGUACGUGCGUCAUGCAGCUGUUGGUAAACCACACGUUGAUUUAAAAUUAAAAUGGGCAUCUAAAUUCUUAGGUGCUACUAUGUGGUUUUAUAUCUUUUACAGAAUCAAAGAAGAUGGUCCAGUUAUGUUUGGUCAAAAAUUACCAUUUGAACAUCAUUAGUGGUGUUGAACCAGUUAUCCUGCAUCACAAAAUAUGAUAGUCCAUUUCAAACUAUGUCAAUGCUACUUUUGAAGUAAGGUUAACAUGGAAACUUUUGAUUUUACAAUUUUAUAAAUCAUGCAUUAUCAGUUCAUCAAAAGAGAGAUAACGAAAUAUCUCUUCUCAACCACUCUUGGAACUACAGUAGGAUUCCAAUCAUCCUCAUUUUCAUUUCAUUUCAUACAUGCAUAC